AUGGCACGUCGCAAGCAUUCUCCAAGCCCAUCAAAACCAUUGAGCUCCUCCUCAAGCGACUCAGAAGAUUCUCAACCUGCCCACAAGUGUUCGACCAAGAAGAAACAACGGUCAUCAAAGUCUGAUGACGAGAAACAAAAGCCGGAGAAGAAAGAGGCGAAAUCAGAUCUGCAUGAGGAGUAUCUUGCAGCUGCGUGCUGCAUCACCCAAUGUGUCGACAUGUUCUGCAAGAUCGACAAGGUCAUCAACAUCGGCACGCUACUGAAGCAGUGCAAACUUGCCAAUUCCGGUGACUUAUCCGAGGAUGAAGAUGACGCUUCUCAUCGAGAGAAGCGGUUGUCAAAACUCUCUCAGAAAACAUGGGACAGGUACCAACAGAACUACAAGCGCUUACUGGAGCUCGCACCGGGCUUGAAGCCUCUCAUAGCCGGCUCGAAGGACCCGAAGACAGCCUCGGAACUCAGGAAGAUCGUCCAAAAGAUGGAAUCUGCCAUUUCAGGCACUCGCUCAGAUGACUCAACACGUUUGAAAAUACCGAUUUGCGACUAUGUGGCUCCAAAUCCAGCAGUCAAAGCUGUGGUUCCCCCUCUCCAUGAUGGCAGUGGUCGACGCACACAUUUGGGUAUGAAUCACCCAGUCUUAGCCCGCUUUCUCUGCCCAAUCGGUGAGAUCGAGAGUUUCAAUGAGGACCCAACAACUACAAUUGAACGGCUGCAAGGUGGCAAGAUUCGCAUGGAGGCAGACACCUUACCGGCUUUUCUUUGGAAUGGUGAUCUUCCCGGGGUCAACUAUGACCCGGACAAUAUGAUGGAUGGUUUUCUUGAUGGCUUCGUCCUUGAGCGUACCAUGAGACACAUAUUCACAGGCCCUUCUACUGCGUAUGGUGCGCAAUCACAAGGGACACGUCCAUCUAACACUACUUUGCACGCUAUGACUACUGUGGAACCUCCACACAUUGCUUAUGGCUGUCCGAUUUGGAAUCAGCUCCAGAAAUACCUGGACUGA